ACAUCGUGUACUGUUCUGAUUGAUAGUCACAGGUAUACACAGAUACACGGCCAAGAUCAAGGGUACAGUCUGGUCCCCGACUGAUGUUCGACGUCAGGACCUCGGAACAACCCGCAUGUCCUCCGUGGCAGCCUGGUAAUUUCGAGGGAGCCUGCUUCAACGUAGUCACUGCUGUCGAAGCGCCCGCCCGCCCAUGCCAACUGCGACCUGUGAAGUCUGGCUACGGCGUCAUGGCAGAAUCGGGACACCGGAAGACCCCACGAACGUUGAUGGCUCGUGAUAAGUCGGGUUUUUGGCUAUCGAAACCCUGUAUGAAGCUGUAUAAUGACGGCGACUGU